UAAGUUUACCUUUACUCGGGCUCAUUCACGAACCGUCAUUGCUAGAUAGAGUAUCAACAAUCAAGCGUGGUGCGUUAUUUUUUUUUACCAAUAAUACCGAGUGAGUAGUGGUGGUAACGAAAGAGGUCAUCCGCAGCGAAAGUGUUUAUUUUACCUUGAGGACCAGUUUCCAUUUUGCGUUUCGACGGACGCUCAGAGAUUUUCUUUGUCGUUUUUCCCGUUGAUUUUCUUUUCGAAAACAUCAAUCUGGUAAAAUGGGGGUCGGACUUCAAAUGAUGAAAACGGUGUUGUUUAUUUUUAAUAUAUUCUUAACGCUUUCGGGUAUAGGGAUCAUAAUAGCAGGAUGCCUCAUCCUCACAGAAAUGGCGGAUUUCAACCGAAUAGCAGAAAGCGACUUGGUGAAAAUGGCGAUAGCGAUGAUUGUUGGUGGUGCUCUGGUUACGGUGGUAGCAUUCGUCGGGUGCUUAGGAGCCAUGAGGGAGUCGUAUAAGCUAUUAAUGGCGUUUUCUGGCCUUUUGCUUGCAAUAUUCGUCAUGGAGUUGACCGUAGGCAUAUGCGCAGCAGUAUUCAAGACAGACUACAAAGUAGCCUUUAAGGAGUCUCUCUCAGAGUCACUCAGACACGUCUUGACCAAUGCCAGAGAUAGAAACUCAAACAGCUACUAUGAAGCUACACCAUCAAGAGGAACUGGCAGCGUUGACCAAUACAGAACAGCCUAUGAUGCCGUAAAUGGACGUGACAAGAACUACUGGGAUGUCUUGCAAAGACAGUUCAAGUGUUGUGGUGUUGAUGGACCAAAAGACUGGCCCGAUACCAUCAGACCAAUCUCUUGCUGUUUGGACAAAUUCUGUUGGGGAGAUACUGCCGUAUACCACCAAGUUGGUUGCUACGAUACUCUUGUUGAGAAAAUCCAUGCUAGCACUGCCGUAUUAGUUUACGUUGGUAUUGGGAUCGCUUUUGUCGAGAUCCUAGGAAUCUUUUUGACGUGUUGGUUAGCCAAUACGAUUCAAAACGACGAUGAAGUUAUUAAAACUUACAAUGGCCACCAUCACGAGCAUCACGCGCAUUCUGAGACGCACAGCUCAGAAACACCUAUUUAAUUAAUUAAUCUCAUUUGUUUUUCUGUAUUAAAAUCAACAAAUUAUUGUUGCCAAAUUCUUAUUUUAUCAACUUUUUAGACUCAGACAUACGAUUUAAUAGGUAUAACUUGAUGGAGUUUUAUAGCUUUACAGAUUGCAGGAAAAUAACAAAAUAAGUUGAGUGGCUAAGUAUGAGAAGUGAUUGAUAUUAAUAUUGAUAUUGAUUAUCUCUUGAAUAAACAUAUGUGUGUGUUAUAUUGUGCCAAUUAAUACGUAAUCGAUUUAAUAUGUUGAGUGGCAAUUUUAAGAAGAACCUCGAAUUGAUUUUGUUAUAUAAAGUAUUAUAACGAACAGCAUACAAAAUUUUCCUGGCUCUCUGUAUAUAAAACGAACCUUGUAUAAGCGUUGUGUUGCAUGCCUUAGAUAAAUUAGACUUAAUGCCUUCAUGUUUUAUUUUUUUUAUUGAUUUGUGUAAUGCUAAAUAGCUUUUCCGGCUUUGGUUCUAGAGAAUCAUGACUAAACGCAUCCACAAAGAAAAUGAGUAUCGUGAUCACAAAAGUUAUGCAUCGUAGAAAUUUAAAAAAAGUUCAUAUUACAGGGUGUCCCAGGCGUACUUAGAGAGUACAUUUUGUAUAGGAAUUCUUAUCAUCCUCAACGUUAUCCAAUUGGGAUAACCAGUUUUUAUUGUCAAGUUGAGGCUUUUAAAUUAUAAUCAAGUAUAUUGGAAAAAGUACUAAUAAUGAUUCAUCAAUCCAAAACCAGUAAAAAAAAGGUUUGUUUUCUUAAUGGCUUAGAUACACUAAAAUAUUUAUCACAGCAGUGAUAUUAAUGGUUCCGAGCUAGCCUUUUCUUUUAAUGACCUGAUUUUAAGGGUUAACCAGAUUGGAGCUGCUAAAAGAUUUAUCACAGCAGUAAUAUUAAUUGUUCCAAGCCAUCCUCUUUACUUAUUAUCCUGUAUUUAUUAACACAGCAGUGAUUCUUAAAUUAUUUGACUUAUAGUCAAUAUUUAUCUCAGCAGUGAUCGAAAACAAGCCAAAACAAUUGUAAUUUUCCUAGAUUGUUCAGAUUUAUGAACCUGUUACCUAUAAUUUUUUUUUGAUACGUUUGUCCGGUCUUAAAUUAAUUUAUUACAGCAGUGAUAGCAAUGGUUUCACGCCAUUUUUUUCUUAUAUUGAUUUAGAAUACACCAAUGAUUUUAAGAGUUUUUUAUCACUUGAUUUUAAUCUCCCCAGUGAUUCUCUAAAUUCAUGGACUUGUACCAUAUAAAUUAAUUUUUUUGAUACAUUCGUCAGGUUUUAAAGUAAUUUAUCACAGUAGUGAUAUUAUUAGGUUUGAGCCAUCAUUUUAUCAUAUUGCUUUAGAGUACUAACAAUGAUUUUAAAAGAUUUUUUAUCACUUGAUUUUAUUAACUUAUCUUAGCAGUGAUACAAAAAAAAACGAAAAAAUAUCAUAUUUUCUUGAUUAGUUUAAAUAUUUAAUGAUUUCUUUAUCUUGCGAGUGAUUUGCAGACCAACCGAUUAAUUACAAUAUUACUAUAACCAAUUAAUUAUUUUUGCUACGUUUAAAUGUAUUUUGUCACAGCAGUGCUAUUAUUAUAAUAAUAUUAUAGGUCCAAACCAUCCUUUUCUCUUACAAUGGUUUUAAGAGUUAUUUAUCACUUAAUCUUAAUCAAUUAUCUCAGCAGCGAUUUUUAAGUCAUUUGACCUGUAAUCAAUAUUUAUUUCAGCAAUAACCCAAAACAAGAGAAAAUUGUAUUUUUCCUUGAUUACCUUGGAUUUACAAUGAGUAGUUUAUCUCACCAGUAAUUCCUCAGAAUCAUAAAUGAAUUAUUUUGGAGACUUUUAUCAGAAUUCAGAUUUUAAAAGGAUUUAUCACAGCAGUAAUAUCAAUGAUUCUACCUUCUUUUAUUGACGUAGAAUAGUAACAAUUUAAGGGAUUUUCAACCUAAAAUUAGUAGCAAAAAAGUGUCUUUAAUUACUCAUCAUUUUGUAUUUCGUAAAUUAUUUAACUUUAAAUGAAGAUUUAUCAUAGCAGUGAUCUAAAACAAGCGAGAAAAAUCUUUUAAUCGUAAUCACCUUAAAUUUUCAAUAAAAUAUGUAUCUCACCAGUGAUUAUUCUCUAAAUUGCUCGAUAGGUUUAUCGAGUUUUAGGUGGCUUGUAUGUCUGGGACACCGUGUGUUUAAUUAUAUUUAAACAUGAUUCUCUAUGUAAUAACUGUCCCAUUAAAAUAAUUUAAGCGGGAUUUAGUGAUAAAAUAGUUCGAAAUGAAAAGAAUAUUUUUUUGCAGAUUCUAGGAAUAUUUUUAACGUGUUGGUUAGGCAACGCUGUUCGAUUAAACGACGACGAAGUUAUAAAAAUUCACAAUGGCCACCAAUUGCACACUCACUCUGAAAUUUAAUCAUCCCAUUUAACGAUUAACGUUCGUUUUGACCAAAUUUCCCGUUAAUUCCAUUGAAAUUUGGUGUUAAACUAUGUAAGCCAUAUUUUACCGUCAAAUUAUAAGAGAUUGUAAAUAGGAACGUGAGUUUCCCUAUAUAAAUCCAUCCAAACCAAAAUGGUGUUCAUUUACAUCACUUACCAUUAGGUUGUAAGUUUAGUAUUAGUACGUAAGGCGUAUUAUGUAUUAGUUUUUAGUUUAUGUUUUAAAGUCAAAGGGGUAAGUUGGCCUUGUCCGCUUACCUUGCUGACCAUAACAAUUUUUACAUAUAUCAUUACAUGUAAGUAUUAUGGCUACAUAUACAGUCUCCAUGUUAGAUAGAUUUAAUGUGAUCCUUAUGUUGGCAAUAAACGCGUAUAUUGUAUGUUAAAUAUUUAAUUAAAUUUAUUAUUAAUGUUAUUAAUUAGCUGUUUUUUGAAAAUUUUAAUUGUUUGUUUACUGACACGGGUGCUAAAUUUUAAAUAACAUUUGUAGCGUUAAACUGACUUGUGUACAAAUUAUUUUAGUUUUAGUGUUUGUAUGAAUCUCAUUCCACUUUACAGUCAUAAGAAAAGCCAAAAAACGUUUUUCCAUUAAAAAUCCGAUAAAAUUGCAUGAGUAAAAUUUAAUUUGUUUUGAGAAGUGUUGCUGUCAGUAUUUACUUUUACCUUUUUUUUUAGAUUUAAGCCAUAUUUUGUAAAUAAAGUUAGACAUUUUUCCCA